AUGACCCUUGACCUCAGUGCAAACAGCAUCGAACGAUUUGAAGUUUCAGCAUCGCUAAUCAGUUUAAGGACAUUGAAACUGUCUGAAAACUGCCUCGGUUCAUUUGAUCUGAAGGACUUUUCUUCUGUGAACCUCUUGUACCUUGACCAGAAUUGCUUGUCGAAUAUCAUAGGGCUGGAGCACUGUCAAAACCUCGACGUACUCUCUUUGCGAGAACAGACUCAAUCAUCAGGGGUCGCAUCAGAACUGACCUUGGACAUUGACCUUGGCCUUGUGAAAGACGUACGCAAAGUAUUCCUUUCGUCUAAUCGGCUUUCACCUCGAUGUCUCUCUCCGUCGUUGCCCUUGCUACGACUCCAGCUUCUCGACAUCGCGUCAUGUACAUUGUCAAGUCUUCCAAGCGAUUUCUCAACAAAUUUUGCGAAUGUCAAGGUGCUGAAUAUGAACUUCAACUCCCUUACGGAUCUGGAGGCUUUGGUCGGCAUGAACUGCCUCUCUAGGCUCAUGAUGGCUGGCAACCGACUCGCAAGAAUGAGGCGGGUUUGCCAGAUUCUCAGCCGAUUAGGAAGAACGAGUCAGGUCAAGCAAUGUUCCCUUCGAAAGCUCGAUAUAAGAGGAAACCCUCUCACAGUGGGCUUCUAUCCUCCGGCUCUGACUGGAAACGGAGCCAAGACCGCCCGGAAAGAGACCAAAGAAGACAAGGCUAUUUCACAAGACGGCCGUCAGGAUCUUUCCGAGGCUUUGGCCAAUCUUGAUCAGAACGAUCAUACACAACCGGUCAUUUGGGACAAUGGUGCAAAUACCAUAGAUCUCGAUAUCAACGAUCCAUCAACUCUUGCUCCCGCAGACCCACAGGCAGAUCAGAAAUACCUCAUCCAUUUGGAUCGGACCACACGACUACGGCGCCGAGUAUUAGAGCUACUCCUCUACGCUGGUACCGGUGGUUCACUGCAAGUUCUAGAUGGAUUGGACCUUCGUCCGUCUCUAGGCGAGGAAUGCCUAGACAUGGCAUCGGCAUGGAACCGACUUGAAAAGAUUGGUGUUCUCCGCAGGAAAGCAAUCAAAGACAAGUGA